AUGAAACCUUAUAGCUUUAACCGAUUUCUUGUCUUUCUUGCUUUGCUUCGUUGUCUCGCUUAUGUCAAUGGCGAUGUGGGUGAAGCUGAGCAGCUAUUGUUCUUCAAAUCUACUCUUCAAAACCCGAAUCGUUUACCCGACUGGCUCAAAGGAAACAACCCAUGUACUUUCACCGGUGUUACUUGUAAAAACUCAACUGUUUCAUCCAUAGAUCUGAGCAAUAUUGAUUUGAGCGCAGAUUUUGGUGUGGUUUCUUCCAGCUUGUUGACUCUUCCGAGUCUUGAGUCGUUUGUAGCUAAGAACUGUAACCUCACUGGUACACUUUCAUGGGGGUCGAGAUCUCAGUGUAGUAAGCUUCUUAGCUCAGUAGAUCUGGGUGUAAACCGGAUCACCGGUUCUGUUUCUGAUGUUUCAUCGUUGUCGGGUUGUCAGAAGCUCAAAUCCCUCAAUUUGUCGAGAAACUCGAUGGAGUUUACGGGUGUUUCGAAGCCUAUUGGGCUUUCUCUUCAGGUUAUUGAUCUAUCGUUCAACCGGAUUUCUGGGUCGGAAGUUUUGCCGUGGAUACUAUCAGAGGGAUGUGGUGAGCUCCUAGAGUUUAAUGUUUCCGGUAACAACAUUUCCGGCACCGUUCCCGAGAGCUUGAAAGCAUGUUCUUCUCUUCAACUGUUUGACAUCUCCCGGAAUAAUUUCUCCGGCGUGUUUCCGAUGGACACCCUUAUGAAUUUGAGCAGCUUGAAGACUUUGAUGCUGGCGUUCAAUAAUUUCAUCGGUGAGUUGCCUGAAUCCUUGUUGGAGCUGACCAAUCUGGAGAAGUUUGAUGUGAGUUCCAACAAGUUAACCGGUGAAAUCCCGGCGGGACUCUGCCAGAGUACUUCGUUGAAGUUUCAAUUCGUUAACCGGAGUGAUCCCGUCGAGUUUUAG